UCUUUUGAAGACAUUCUUCUUUGUACCAUAUGCAGAAGAUUUUGCCUGAAGUAACAGAGAAACAUGGACGAAAAAUCAGGUUUGGAGAGUUUUUUCAUCAGACUCCGUAAGGUUGGCCUAGCAACAGAACGGGGUGUGGCAGAAUUGACAGAGGACUUCGAAAAGAAUACAAAACGGUGUCCUGCCAAAGCCAUAUUGAAACUGUCAGAAUUGAAGAAGGAGGUGAAGGAGACAAAGGUGGAUGUGAGGGGCAAGAUGGAACACAUGCAACAGACGGGAGAAGCAUUUGAUGAGUUCCUAGGCCUUUGUGGCUCCAUGAUAGCCAAACAACAAAAGGCAGUACUGGAGAUUGAAACUUUCAUGCAGCAGUAUGGCUACACCCGAAGAGUCACUGAGAAACCCAAGGUAGAGGAAGAGGAGUUGGACAUGGAGACCACGGACAGCACCAAUGAAAGAAAUACAGUGUGUACCCCACCCCCAAGUCGUGAGGAGACCCAGGACACGUCCAAGACACCCAAGACACCUGUGAUGGAGCACAUGAGACUUCAGUCCUACAAAAUGAAGGCCACUACAGGCAACAACAAUACAGCUAUGUACAGUGUCCAGUCGAUGAGCAGAUCACACCAAGUUCCACAAGUGUUUGAACACAACGGCCUCAUCAUGACACCAAGUCUGAUGGGGGACAAGAACCUUCCGUUACAGACCCCAGAUACACACCAAUUAAACCAGUAUGGCAGUCCAUAUCCCUUGUGGAGCCCUGCCCAGUCUGACAUGCCAAGUCAUCGAAAGAUACCACGGCUUGACCUGGACAACCACACAUCUGUAGAUCUCACUAGCCCUGAGAUUCAGACACCAUGUAUGCGACGUCUUGCUCAGAUGUCCAAUGCUUGUAAUCCAGAUGUCCAGAAGUUGUCCAAGGCAGUGUCCGAACAAAUGAUGGCCUGUAGCCCAACAACACCCAAGUUUCAAACGCCCAACCUUAAAAACUUACUGUUGAAAAAAAACACAUCUGUCCAGAAAGCCUACCCUCAAUCGAAUCCUGGGAUUGGUGUGAAGAAUCUGGUCCAGUCCGAUGCCAUUGACCUAAGUGUGAGGACUCCACCCAUCUCGAGGAUAUAUACAACGGAGACACCUAAAACUCCAGAAAUGACCUGUGACCUCUCGAAAUUACGACAGCUGGCAAAUAAUACCUUCAACUAUGAGCCAAUAGCCUUUUCCAGUAUAUCAAAGUAUGAAAACUCCCAGAAGAGCGGUAUCUCAAAACCUCCCAAUCUCUCCUUCCUCCAAUCACAGCCGGACAUGCCCAAAACACCAGAACUUACACACAACUUUCAGUCCUUCCGGUCACUCUCACAUACAACAGUACCUAAGUUUGAGUCACUGGCGGAGAGGCUUGGCCAGAACAUGCCUAGCGUGACCCCACCCACACCAGAUAUGCUUACUACACGGCUGGAUCAAUUGAAGGCACAGCAGAGUUCUCAGAAACCACAUGAUAUGCCCAAGUUCGAGUCCCUGGCAGAGAGGCUUGGUCAGAAUCAACCUAGCAUGACCCCACCCACACCCGAUAUGCUAACUACAAGGCUCGACCAACUGAAGGCAGAGCAAAGCUACAAGCGAAACAAUCCGUAUGGCUCGCUGUCAUCACAGGGUGACCUUGACUCUCCCCAGCUCCUCGGCACAUACAAAUUCAGGACCAAGUACACUUCUAAGGAAAAUAUGCCACCUCAACACUGAACUGUCUCGUGAAAUACAAUCAAAUGUAUGCGACAGAUGUGUCAUAUUAUGGUAGAGGUUCACAGAAGACACAAGCAAUGUCCUGAACCUGAUAACAAUUUAGUCAUUAUUAUACUACUGGUAAACAAAGGUCUCCCCCUGUUAGGAGUUUGUCCUGCCUGUGUAAUACACAGGAAUGUUCAGCUGCAUGGAUAAAUGUUUUAGUUUCUUUUUACAAUGGGCACACUAACUUAUGAAGGAGUUUGUUUUCUCACCAGAGAAUAUGUGACUGUUCAUUUAGUAUUAUGUCUUAUUAAAUAUAUAACUGCUAA